AUGACAAAUGUCUCCCGGAACAAUGCUCUGUGCAUCUUCUACAACGAAGAAAUUACUGAUGAAGCUGCCAAAAGACUCGCAGUGAAACUUGAUUCGCUCUGUGGGUUGGAUAUAUGCUACGCCGAAGAUCCAAGGAAACCGAUGCUGCAAACAAAAGUGAAGAUCAAUGGCAACCCAGCUUAUUAUCAUCGUUAUGCCAAUGACCAUCCAGAACCAGAGACAUCUGUGGAUAAAGUGAUACUUAGUAAGUGA